GUAGAACUUUGAAGUUCAAACUUGAGCUCCCUGGGCUCUUAUAUUUGCCGAUCACUCGUUUGGCUAAGCUUACAACGGAAAUGAGUCUUACUUCCUCGAUAACUCCCCUCUUCACAACCCCAAGAUUUUCAGCUAAAUCUCCCGAAUUUCAUUUUCAAUUCGCCAUCUCCAAUUCUUGUAGUUCAUCCAAUAUCGUCCUAUCCUUCUCUUCAUCAAGUUUUGGGUUUUGCUGCAGAGCAAUUCCUACAACUUCUACGCCCUCUCCUUAUGGAGCUCCAACUAAAGCCCAUCAACAUUGGAUGGUUCUCGUGGAACCUCCCCCUCAAGGUUUCACUUCAAGGUCUCAAAUCAUCAAUUACUAUGUCAAGACCCUAGAGAGAGUCUUGGGCAGUGAGAGGGACGCUCAAAUGUGUAUAUAUGAUUCUUCUUAUGAAGCAAAUUUUGGGUUUUGCUGCGACAUUACUGAAGAGGAAGCUCAAAAGCUAGCAGGUUUACCCGGUGUAUUAUCAGUUAAGCACGAUCCCUGUUAUAACUCCAAUGAAAAGGAUUACAGUCUGCCAAGUUCUUUAUCAAACAUGGGUAGCUCAUUACUAUUCCCAAUUGGAACAUCUAAACGCUGGUGUGUUCGUACCAGCAGGCCAGCUGUUGAAGUCUCUGGAAAGGCACCAUUGGUUGACUAUUAUGUUCAGAUUCUAGCAGAAGUUCUUCGGAAUGAGAAGGAUGCUCAAAUGUGCUUGUAUCGUGUACUAUGGGGUUCUGAAUAUGGAUUUUGUUGUGAAAUAGAUGAAGAAUGUGCACAAGAGUUAGCAGGUGUACCGGGAGUUUUGUCUGUCCACCCAGAUGAUGAGUUUGUGUCAGAUAAGGAAGACUAUGAAGGUGGAAGCUCAAAGUAUACUGAUGAUUCCCGGGAUUCUUCAACAUCAAGUGUUAAAACCAAGAAGCUUUUUGUGACUGGUCUAUCAUUCUAUACAUCCGAGAAAACAUUGCGUGCAGCGUUUGAAGGGUAUGGGAAGCUUGUUGAAGUUAAAAUAAUCGUGGACAAGAUUUCCAAGAGGUCAAAAGGCUAUGGUUUUUUGGAGUACACAACAGAAGAGGCUGCAAAUGCUGCUCUCAAUCAGAUGAAUGGCAAGAUCAUUAAUGGGUGGAUGAUCACGGUCGAUGUCGCAAAGAAGAAUCCGCCAAAAUAUAAUCGAGGGAGCUCGGGUCCAGUUAGCUGACAUUUUCCUAGCAUUUUGGCUGUCUUGGCAUUCAGUUACCAGCAGUCAAAGAAACCCUUUUUUCUAUACAACGGAACAGUGCAAGAUUUGGCAAGUUUACCCCCAAAACUACUGCAGUGUCUUGUAGAGUUGCAGCCAAAGAGCACUGGUGUAUUAUUGUACAACCACCAUACUCGGUUAUUUACUAUUGGGCAGGGCCGUCCAAUGAAUUUGGAGGCCCCAGUUCGAAAUGACAUAUCGAGGCCCCCUAAAACAAUAAUGAAUAACAAUUCUAACAAUGAAAUACAAAAACACUAAAUAGUUCAUGAAAUAUAAGUUUUAUAAUGUUUAAAGUACAUCGUUCAAAAAAAUGUUUAAAGUACACAAGUUGGACAAUCUUAAAGUAAUAUUACUAUUGCUAAUGAAGUUUCACAUGAAUAGAGCUGUCCUCCUAGCAGUUCUCGAAGCAAAAUAAUCAAUCAAAUCUUGGGAGAACUAUCAAAUAAGCCUUCGAACUUUCAUAAAAAGUGCAAAUAAGCCCUUUCAUAGGAGGCUAUGUCCGGUCAUCACCAUUUGGGGCGGUUUAUGGUGGAACUUUUUGAUGUAAUGGUUUUAUCAUCAUCUUCAUUAAGUCUAGUUUACGCAUACCAAAUUUCAGCUAAACAUUCAAUCGGGAAGGCAGUCAAAUGAAUUUGUGAAGAUAACUGCGCGGUUAGGCAGCGCAGUAUAUUUCAGAAAAUCAUUUGACUGCAUUCUCGAUUGAAUUUUUAGCUGAAAAUUGGUAUUGAUAAACUAGACUUAAUGAAGAAGAUGGUCAAAAAAUUCCAUCAAAAAAUUCCACCGGAAACCACCCCAAAUGAUGACAGCCGGACAAAGCCUCUUAUAAAAGGGCUUAUUUGCACUUUUUAUGAAAGUUCGAGGGCUUAUUUGAUAGUUCUCCCAUCAAAUCUUUAUACUCUAUCUUCUCAAGAACUUCAUUCUCGAUUGAUAUCAUUGCCAAGUCUUUGUUGUGACAUUGUUGAUCGCAAGUGAGACUUUAAUAACUUGACCUUCGGAAAACUUCUUUUUGCACUAGCCACAAUCACAGGAAUAGUCAACAUUAUUCUAUAAGCAAUAAUUGCAUUAGGGAAACAACUAAAACUACGCAUCAACAACUUCAGAAUAUCAAUAGAUCUCAGCUUCUCUUCUGACAAGAAUCCCUCAAAAAAUUUCAGCUCGAUAUAUAAAUCAGUUCUAUCCACAUCAGAUUGUGCGUCUUUUUUAAGAGCACCUUCAAGAUGAGUGCAACAUGACAUUAAAUGUGCAUCAUCCAGUGAAUUCAACUUCUCAGAAGUAAACAUAAAACCAAAAUGGCAAAUAAGGAUUUUAAACAAGAACAAUAUCACCUCAAAUCUCUGAGUUGUCACCAUACCAUCAACAACUUUAAAGUUUAAACUCACAACCAAGCUUCAGCCCUCCAACUAGGCAACUCUCAAGGUCUCCUGUUUCGCAUCUCCACCCUCCAACCAAUGCAAAUUCCUGAAAAAUGUAAAAUUUUAAAAUAUUAGAAGAUUAAAAAGCUCAAAAUUUAUCAUAUUCACAUAUGCUAUAAUUAAAAAAAAUUAAAAAUGAAAAUACCUCUUAUUAUGGUAAUCGGUUCCGAAUUCCGAUGCUUAAGAAUUGAAGAGACUGCCUUCCUUGUCCUUG